AAAUGAAUUGCCAAAUAGAAUCGAUUGGGGAUUUGUAUGGAGUUUUAGCUUUAUCUAAAGAUGUUGAUGAAGUAGCCUUCCCUAUCCUAACUAAAAUAUUGAGAAGAGAUAAAAUUUUAGACUGCUUGGAUUUUCUCUCAGAAAAUUUAAGUCCAAGGUAAGUAGAAUAAGAAAUAUAAAAGGGAAAAAAUUCAUCACUAUUUGGUAAGGAUUAGAUGGUCAAUAUUGGAAAGAAUAACAUUGUGAGAAUAGCAAAAGCUCUCAAAAAUCUUAAGGAUCAUGAAUUUAAUUAAAAGAAUUACUCAAUAGAUGAAUAUGAAGAAAUUAAGAAAACUCUGAUAAUAAAAAUAUCUUGGGAUGAGAAAAUUAUAGAAUUCCUAAAAUUUUUAGUUCAUCUUACUGCUUAAGAUGAGAGAUUCAUAUAGUGCGGAUCAAAUUCUCUUCAUUUAUUAGUUUUAAUGAAAGUUGAUUUGAAGGAAUCAUGUUUUGAUAAUAUUAGAAUAAUAAAUACUUCAAUAAUAGGAGCUAACUUGGUUAGAUGUGACUUAAGCGAAUCUGAGUUUUACAAUGUUAUUAUUACUGGUAUAAAUUUGAAUUAAGCCAAACUAUUUAAUUGUAAGUGGAGGGGUUUAGGUAUAAAUGAGGGAAAUUAAUUAAAUGGUCACAGUGGCAGAGUCAAUUAAGUUUGCUUUUCUCCUGAUGGUAAGUCAUUAGCUUCUUGCAGUCAGGAUUAAUCAAUUUGUUUGUGGAUUGUGAAAAAAGGGAAAAUAAUGUCUAAAAUAAAAGAAAAGAAAGUGGGAUAAUCAGUAUGUUUCUCACCUAAUAAUAAUACAUUAGCUUUAAGCUGUGGAAAACUUGUGCAAUUAUGGAAUGUUAAAAUAAAAAAAUAAAUUACAAAAUUGGAUGGCCAUUCGAAUUAUGUAAGGUCAGUUAAUUUUUCUCCUGAUGGUACUACAUUAGCCUCUGGUAGUGAUGAUAAGUCCAUCCGGUUAUGGGAUGUUAAGACAGGAUAAUAAAAUGCUAAAUUAGAUGGUCAUUCUGGUAAUGUUCUGUCAGUCAAUUUCUCUCCUGAUGGUACUAAAUUAGCAUCUGGUAGUUCAGAUAACUCUAUCCGUUUAUGGGAUGUUAAGACAGGAUAAUAAAAAGCCAAAUUAGAUGGUCAUUCGAGUUCGAUUCAUUCAAUCUGCUUCUCCCCAGAUGGUCUCAUAUUAGCAUCUAGUAGUUAUGAUCCAUCUAUACGCUUAUGGGAUGUUAAGACAGGAUAAUAAAAAGCAAAAUUAGAUGGUCAUAAAACGGGAAUUCCAUAUGUAUGUUUCUCUCCAGAUGGUACUAUAUUAGCAUCUGUUAGUUAUGAUGGGUCUAUCCAUUUAUGGGAUGUUAAAACAGAAUAAUAAAAAGCCAAAUUAGAUGGUAUUUAUAAGGGAUGUCUGUAAAUAUGCUUUUCUCCUGAUGGUACUACAUUAGCAUCUAGUGGUUAUGAUUACUUUAUCCAUUUAUGGGAUGUUAAGAUAGUAUAAUAAAAAGCAAAAUUACAUUGUUAUUCAACGAGAAUUUUAUAAUUGUGCUUCUCUCCUGAUGGUAAUACAUUAGCAUCUAGUGUUGAUGAUAACUCUAUCUAUUUAUGGGAUGUUAAGACAACAUAAUAAAAAUGCAAAUUAAAUGGUCAUUCAGAGAGAAUUCUAUAAAUAUGCUUCUCUCCUGAUGGUACUAAAUUAGCUUCUAGUGGUGAUGAUAAGUCUAUCCAUUUAUGGGAUGUUAAGACAGUUUAAAAGGAAGGCUAGUCAAAGGGAAUUCUAUAAAUAUGCUUAUCUCCUGAUGGUACUACAUUAGCAUCUAUUGGUUAUGAUAACUCUAUCAGUUUAUGGGAUAUUAAGAUAGGUUAAUAAAAGUUAAAAUUAGAAAAUAAUGAAAAUUGUGUUAAUUUAUUUUGUUUCUCUCCUGAUAGCACUAUAUUAGCAUCAGAGUGUUCGAAUAACUCUAUUUGUUUAUGGGAAGUUAAGACAGGAUAACUUAAAGCCAAAUUAGAUGGUCAUUCAAAAGGAAUUCUGUAAGUAUGUUUCUCUCCUGAUGGUACUACAUUAGCAUCUGGAUCAGGUAACUCUAUACAUUUAUGGAAUGUUAAGACAGGAUUAGAAAAAGCAAAAUUUGAUGGUUUUAAAGGUAAUGUUUAUUCAGUCAAUUACUCUCCUGAUGGUACUAAAUUAGCAUCUGGUAGUUCAGAUAACUCUAUCCGUUUAUGGGAUGUUGAAACAGGAUAAUAAAAAGCUAGAUUAGAUGGCCAUUCAAAUAAAGUAUGGUCAGUUAAUUUCUCUCCUGAUGGAAAUACAUUAGCAUCUGGUAGUGAUGAUAUGUCUAUCCGUUUAUGGGAUGUUAAGACAGGAUAAUAAAAAGCCAAAUUAGAUGGUCAUUUUGGUAAUGUUAUGUCAGUUAAUUUCUCUCCUGAUGGUACAACAUUAGCCUCUGGUAGUGAUGAUAAAUCUAUCCGUUUAUGGGAUGUUAAGACAGAAUAAUAAAAAGCAAAAUUAGAUGGUCAUUCAGAUAGAAUUAUGUCAGCCAAUUUUUCUCCCGAUGGUACUACACUAGCAUCUGGUAGUGAUGAUAAGUCUAUCCGUUUAUGGGAUGUUAAGACAGGAAAACAAAAAGCCAAAUUAGAUAGUCAUUCUAAAACAGUUUAUUCAGUCAAUUUCUCUCCUGAUGGUAUUACAUUAGCAUCUGGUAGUGAUGAUAACUCUAUCCGUGUAUGGAACGCUAAGACAGGAUAAUAAUAAGCCGAAUUAAAUGGACAUUCACAUAAAGUCUUGUCAGUCAAUUUCUCUCCUGAUGGUAUUAUAUUAGCAUCUGGAAGUGGAGAUAACUCUAUCCGUUUAUGGGAUGUUAAGACAGGAUAAUAAAAAGCCAAAUUAGAUGGGCAUUCUGAUAAUGUUAUGUCAGUCAAUUUUUCUCCUGAUGGCACUAUAUUAGCAUCUGGUAGCGAUGAUAAGUCUAUACGUUUAUGGGAUGUUAAGACAGGAGAAUAAAAAGCCAAAUUAGAUGGUCAUUCUGGAACAGUUUAUUCAGUCAAUUACUCUCCUGAUGGUACUACAUUAGCAUCUGGUAGUGAUGAUAACUCCAUCCUUAUAUGGAACGCUAAGACAGGAUAAUAAAAAGCCAAAUUAGAUGGUCAUUCUGGAACAGUCUAUUCAGUCAAUUUUUCUCCUGAUGGUACUACAUUAGCAUCUGGUAGUUGGGAUAGGUCUAUUAGUUUAUGGGACCUUAAGGCAGGAUAAUUAAUAGACAAACUAGAUGGUCAUUCAGGUGAUGUAAUGUCAGUCAUAUUCUCUCCUGAUGGUACUACGUUAGCAUCUAGUAGUUAAGAUAAGUCUAUCCGUUUAUGGGAUGUUAAGACAAGAUAAUAAAAAGCCAAAUUAUAUGGUCAUUCAUAAGGAAUUCUAUCAGUCAAUUUCUCUCCUGAUGGUACUACUUUAGCAUCUGGAAGUGUAGAUAGCUCUAUCCGUUUAUGGGAUGUUAAGAUAGGACAACAAAUUAUACCUUCAGAUAAUCGUUAUAAAGAUGUACUAGCAAAAUUUAACCCUUUAAUAAUUUCAAAUAAUGUUCUUCAAAGUGGUAUUUAUUUUUCACUAUUCUUAGCUACCACUUAUAUUACAAUUUUAAAAAUUUAAUAGAAUCCAAAUUUAGAAGCUUAAGGAGCUUUAAUAUUGAAAGGAGAGUUUGUUGAUUAUAAAGGAUAUGAUUUGCGAUCAUUAUUCAAACAAAAAGGUUGCUUAAUUUUAGAAAAUGAACUUAUAUAGAAAUAAAAUUGAUAAUUA